AUGGAAGAUCCUUUAUUGAAUAUUAUUUCGGUUUAUGACGCUUCUGACCCUUUUGGUUAUGACCAAUUUUGGCAGGAGGUUAAGGAUAUUAGAAUUCUAUUUCAAAAUCCUUGGAGAAGAAGUGGCAGGGCAGAGUGGAGUUGCAGCUUGGUAGUGGCAGCAGCAACAGCAACUGCAGCAGCACAAGCAACAGCAGCCACAGCAGCACAAGUAGCAGCAGUUGCAAGGGAAGAAAAGCAGCAACCCUGCAGCUGCAGAAGCAGUGCACAGAAAGAAGGCAGCAGCACUGUAGUGCAGCAGCAGAAGUGCAACAGUAGGGGAAACAGAAAUGCAGUAGAAGAAAAUGUAGAAAAGCAACAGAGUUGCAAGGCAUGGAAGAAACAAUCAAGGAGAAGAAGUGGCAGGGCAGAGUGGAGUUGCAGCUUGGUAGUGGCAGCAGCAACAGCAACUGCAGCAGCACAAGCAACAGCAGCCACAGCAGCACAAGUAGCAGCAGUUGCAAGGGAAGAAAAGCAGCAACCCUGCAGCUGCAGAAGCAGUGCACAGAAAGAAGGCAGCAGCACUGUAGUGCAGCAGCAGAAGUGCAACAGUAGGGGAAACAGAAAUGCAGUAGAAGAAAAUGUAGAAAAGCAACAGAGUUGCAAGGCAUGGAAGAAACAAUCAAGGCAAAAACAAAACAAAGCAUGA